GAGUUGUAGUUUAAACAUUUUUGGGGAACCACUACAUAGCCAGGAAGUACUUAUGACUCAAAACUACAACCCCCAGAAUUCCUCUACGCACUGGUAGCGUGAUCCGCGCGUGGAAACCAUGGCGUUCCCUUGGACCGUCUGACCGGGUUAGCAGAAGAAUAUUCACUCGAACAACGCAUGUUUGACCCAUUUGAGCAACGUUAAGCUUGGAUUCUGUGACUAAAGAAAAUGGGGUCUCGUAUCAAGGAGAGCCCAGAGUCACCGUUUGAAGUGUAUGUGGAGGUGGGACACCCUGGAACAACAGGAUCAGAUCCGGAGGUGCGCAGGCGAUUCCCGGAGGACUACAUCGACCAGGAAACCCUGCAGACGCUGCCGAGGUUCUGCUUCCCCUUCAGCGCGGACAGUCUGUCAGUAAGCCAGGUGGGCCAGAACUUCACCUUUGUUCUGACUGACAUCGAGAGCAAGCAGCGGUUCGGCUUCUGCCGCCUGUCAUCAGGGGCGCACAGCUGCCACUGCAUCCUGAGUUAUCUUCCCUGGUUUGAGAUCUUCUACAGGCUGCUCAAUACCUUGGCGGACUACAGUCUCAAAGGCCAGGACAGCCAGUUGAAGGAGCUCUUGGAGUCGCUACAUUCCCUCUCCAUUCCUGAACCUGGAGUGCCUGUGCAUCUGAGUGUGCACUCUUACUUCACCGUGCCUGACACCAGGGAACUGCCCAGUAUACCUGAGAAUAGAAACCUAACAGAGUAUUUUGUAGCCGUAGAUGUCAAUAACAUGCUCCAUCUGUACGCUAGCAUGCUUUAUGAGCGCCGAGUCCUGCUCUGCUGUAGCAAACUAAGCACUUUAACGGCUUGUGUCCACGGAGCGGCGGCCUUGCUGUACCCCAUGUACUGGCAACAUGUUUACAUUCCUGUCCUUCCGCAGCACCUCAUCGACUACUGCUGCGCCCCCAUGCCUUACCUCAUUGGUGUCCAUUCCAGCCUGAUGGAGAAGGUGAAGAGCAUGGCCUUGGAUGAUGUGGUGGUGCUCAAUGUGGACACCAACACUUUAGAGACAGCUUUUGAUGACCUACAGAGCCUACCAAAUGAUGUGGUGUCGUCCCUGAAGAACCGCCUGAAGAAGGUCUCCACCACCACCGGCGACGGAGUGUCCCGGGCGUUCCUCAAAGCACAGGCGGCCCUCUUCGGCAGCUACAGGAACGCACUACAGAUCGAGCCGGAGGAGCCCAUCACGUUCAGUGAGGAGGUGUUUGUGUGCCACCGCUCCAGCGCCAUGAGGCAGUUCCUGCAGAACGCCAUCCAGCUGCAGCUUUUCAAACAGUUUAUAGAUGGCCGUCUGGACCUGCUGAAUUCAGGAGAGGGUUUCAGUGACGUGUUUGAAGACGAGAUCAACAUGGGGGAAUAUGCAGGCAGUGACAAAGUGUACCAUCAGUGGCUGCUAACGGUGAAGAAAGGUGGUGGGGCAAUAUUCAACACCGUAAGGACCAAGGCCAACCCGGCCAUGAAGACCGUCUACAAGUUUGCCAAAGACCACGCCAGGAUGGGCAUCAAGGAGGUGAAGAGUCGACUGAAACAGAAGGAGCUGACGGAGAACGGCUACUCGGCGGCCGGCGAGGACAGCCAGAGGCCGCCGCCGCCCCCGCGCUCCCCCUCUGCCGACGGGAAGGACCUGCGUGCCUGGGACGACCGCCGGCCAAUCACAGUGCACUUUGGACAGUCAGCACCUGCACCCGCACGUCCGCCGCCCCCACGCCCCCCCCCUCCCAGGCUCCAGCGCAGCAGACCUGCCCGUCCACCCAGGCCACUGGUAGCAAAGAGGCCACGCAGCAAUGUGGGCAUGGAGAACAGUCCAGAACACUACAUCCGCCCCACGCGGCACUACACCGUCUUCCUCUCCGAGGACGACUCAGCCCAGGAGCCCCAGCAUGGCGACGACUCCAUCACUGGCUUCCCCGAAAACUUUCUUUUCUCGACCCCCUUUGAAUGGCCGCAGCCCUACCGCUCUCUGAAGGAGUCUGACCUCAUGGAGGGGGAGGAGGAGUUCUGUGAGGAGCUGCCCCAGGGCCACACGGCUCCCCCCAGCCCGCUCACGGAGAAGUACUCAGACAUCAACCUCCUGGGCGAUAUCCUCAGCUACCAGGAGGGGGGGACAGAGAGCCAGCAGCUCAGCCUGGCCAAGAGUCUGGAGGACUUGAGGCUCACGAAAGACCCAGAGGACCUACAGGCCAAGUUCAGCUACCAGCGGAUGGACCUCAGUGGCAGUGAGCGCACACGAACACUACCGGGGCUCAAACACUCCAACCCCUACAACAAGCUGUGGAGCCAGGGGCUUGAUGGCAUGGCCGUGCCCGGCCGCACCUCCCCCACCUGGGAGAGGCCUCUGUCCGUGCCCCCCCUGGAGCCCCCGGACCCCCGGCCCCCCAGCGCGGACAGCUGCGGACCCGGCCAGGAACGGCCCCUGGACGGGGGCUGCAUCCCCAUCCCGCGGCCCCACGGCCGAAAGACCCCCGAGCCGGGCAAAGUGCUGGCGCCUCCGGUGCCUCUGCCGCGGGCACCCAAGCAGGCGGGCGGCGAUCCGAGGGAUGGCGGGCUGAGCGCCGGCGGGCACGAGUUCCGGCAGGCCCUCAAUAUGUCCCCUCUGUCCUCCUCCUCCGUCUCCCAGGACACGGACCUGAUGAAGCAGGAGGUGGACCUGCUCAGCCUGCUGGACCCACUGAGUUCAGCCUCAGCCUCAGCUUCAGCAUCCUCCUCCACCUCCAUGGCCGGGGAGUCGGACCCCACAGGGACCACGCCACAACAGCAGCCCCCCCCUCCGCCGCAGCGGCCCUACCCCCAGAGCCUGCCUCCGUUCCCCCAUGUUCCCCUCAACCCCUUCGCCCCCGGCCUGCCCUACGCCCCUCACAGACCCUACUCCCCCGUGGUGGGGGGCAACCCCUUUAACUCUGCCUACCUGUCCCAUGCCGGCUACUUCCACCCGCCCACGGCUCACACUCCCCCGCACCCGCUCUCGGUUCCGCCCGGCGUGUUCCGCCAUCCCUCCCCGGCGGGGCCCGGCCUGCCCCAACACGCACUGGGACCCCUGCGCCCCCCGGCCUUCGCCCGCACAGGCCCCCCUCCGUCCUCCUGCAGCAGUGGAGCCCUCUCCAGCCUGCUGGACUCCCCCGCCGCGCCCACGUCCCGCCCGCUGCCAAAGCCCCUCGGCGGGGCGGAAGACCCCGCCUCCGACCAGCCCCCCCGGGACCCUUUCAGCGACCUGCUGGCCAUGGCCAAGCCGGCGGUCGCUCCCGCGGCCCCUCCGAAGAAACGCGUGGAGAACCUGCGCGGACACUGGGAGACGUUCGACUAGUCCACGCGCUCUUCACCCCCCCCAAGCCCCCCCCACUGUGUGUCUGUCUGUGUGUGUGCGUGUGCACGUGCGCUACACAUGGGUUAAGAGACUGCACCUGUCAUCUCUCUUCUGAUAUUUCGUUCUCCCUGGCGACUCUGCGACAGAGCGCGCCCCCCCCCCCCCCCCCCCCCCUUCUGCUUCGUAAUGUCUCCGCUUUCGUGUCGGUUGCCUUUUUUCCUCCGCCGACAUCGAGACGCACUGGCGAGGGGGCUGCAGUGUGUUUGUGUAGACCCUAACCCAAACCCUCCAAGGCCAGUCAUGUGACCCUGCUGUCGGGGUGACUCAAAGAGCCAACACGUCGCUCGGUCAGCCCCUGCGUGUCGUCUCCUGCAGAUACGGGGCGCACAGGAGGGGGUCAUUCGGUCACUUUCUGAGGACAGAGAAGAAGGGUCUCAAAUACGCUGACUGACCAGACGUGCGGACCAGACGUGCGGACCAGACGUGCGGACCAGACGUGCGGACGGAGCCCAGAGCGGAGAACUGAAAUUGCCUUUUUGAAGGGACAUUCACUGGAUUAGGGAGGCGAACUCAAACAUGUAUAAGCUUUUUUCUCGUAGUAGCGCUCUAUGUCCAAAUCACUGCAGUUAUCCAGGGUAGGCCUCGUCAGCGACACGGCUCUGUUCGUGUGAGGUGGAUAUCAGAGAAAGAAAAUUGUAUGAGCCGUGCACAGAUAUUGUUUGCUUGUUUCUUUGCCAAUAAUCAUGUUUUUGUUUGGUUUUGUUUUGUUUUUGUUUUGUUUGGUUGGUUGGCCUUCUAAGUCUUUGAAUAGACUAUAUUAUUGUAUUUGCUGCUUUUGAAGUGCAGUGCCACUCCCAGCCUACGAUGAUUUGUCGCAAUCCGAAGGGUCUGGUCACCCUUAUGAAAAAAAAAAAAAAAGACUUAAUCAGCAUAGUAACAUUAAUCAGGUAAGACAUUAUUUUGAAAUUUCUAAGGGCCAGCAUACUUAGUGUCUGAAGUCCGGUAGUCAAUCUGAAUUGUGUUUCAUAGUCUGGCUAAUACUGCUCUUGCUUAGCGUGUCUCUAGGCUAAUACUGCUCUUGCUUAGUGUGCCUCUAAGCUAAUAGGCCAUAACUACUGUUGUACAAACAACCCCUCACUACAUGAGUAGACCAAAAUAUUGUAUUAUUAUUAUUAUUAUUAUUAUUAUUAUUAUUAUUAUUAUAAUACCAUGGCCAGAAUUUCCACUGAAAUAAUGAAGCGCCUCUUGAUUGUGCAUUCAGACUCUGCAGCUAGUCCUCCAGCCACACACAGAUAAGCGGUAGUUCAACCAGACUAGUUGGGGUUUGGUUCAUAUAAGGUUCAUGCUAAAUGCUACUAGAAUUUUGCUAAACAAUAAUAGGGUUGCCAUUUUCUACCAGUUAAUCGCAUCAUGCCAGUUUUAAAUUGAGGGAGAAUAGCAUACUUUUCCUGAAAGCUGUUCACAUGUACUGUAGUUAAAAGGGAAAGGAGGCGGGCUGCAGAGCUGUUCCUGAAACACUAUAAUGGCCUGGAAAAAUAAGGAGGAGGCGAAAGGAAAAAAAAAAUGCAGUUACUUUAAAUUGAAUUGGCAGGUGGACAUGAAUUCACUCUCUGCACAUACACAGAGAUUCAAUGGGACAACACCGAUUACUGAGGUUACAGGUUACUGAAUUACUUUACUGAAAGGGAAUUUUACUGUUUUAAAGAGGCAUUUUCCUUGUCCAUAUUGCAGAAGACUGAACUCUGGUGAUCACUUAAGCAGUUCUUGGAUCUUUUUUUGCUGACUACCAUAUAUACAGUUUGAAAGGGGUACUGUUUUAUUGAUGUGACAUGCCUUGGCAAACGUAAUGAAUGCUAAAAUACUGUACUUUGUGUGAUAUAUCGAUUGAUGUACAUCAUGUACAGUAUAUAAAUAUGUAUUAUGAAUCAAAUUAGAAAAUCACUCAUUUUUAAAAAUCUAAUCAUGUGAAAGUGCUGAAGAACCCAGAGCCAUUGUUAGUUAGUACAGCCUUGAACCCCAGAGGAAGCGACUCGUUCUCACGAGGUCACCAGGUAUUUCCAUGGACCACAACCAUUUACUUUGUUACAUUUCAAAAAUCAAGGAAGUGUAUGAGGCCAUAAUACACAACAACACGUGAUGUGACGCUGAUCAUCAGUCCUUUCUGUCAUAAGAACUUUGUAACUACAGUAUCUAUCGUACUAGCAAAGAGAUCCUCUUAGGGACAGUCUGUCUAGACUUUUAGCUGGGUGUCCAUUCUGUUUGAUGCACAUUUCUGGGUAAGGCACACACCUCUCUCUCUCUCUCUCUCUCUCUCUCUCUCUCCCAGACUAAGCACUUGGGGAGGUUAGCAUAGCAGUCACAGAAUUAACGAAUCCUUGUCUACAAAUGUUGCCUUACAGCAAAAAAAAAAAAAAAGGAAACUCUACAUGUGUAGCUUCAUUUCAAAAGUGUUUGUCCAAUACAACGUGUGUCGGUCUGUCUGUCUACAUGACUUUGCUUUUAAGAGAAGAAAAAUGACACUGAGGCUAUUAACGUCUGUCCUCAAGGAUCGCUAUUUUAGCAGUUUCCGUUCAUUUCUAGUCAGGUGUAACGCUCAAUAUUUUGUCAGUGUUGCCCAUCCUCAGCUUUAGUCUCCCAUGAUUAAAGUGGGUAUUAAAUUCAACAGCCCUGCAUGGGGGCGAUACUUGAGUGAACAGCUUUAAUAACCUCAGGAAUAGGAUUUUUUUGCAUAGUCCAAUAUCCCCUUAUUCUCCUUGAAGAAUGUUUCCUAUAGAAAUGUGAACUUAUGUCUUUUAUACAUACAUGGAGCACUUUGUGUUUUUGUUUGUUUUGUUUUGUUUUGUUUUGUUUUGAUGAUGUUUUUGUUGAACUAUCACACUAUUAAAAGUGCACAUAUCC